AUGGAGAUUUAUCUCAACUUUUGGUUGUUAUUACUACUGGGUUGUCGCGGCGAAAGAUCGUUGAAAGUGCAGGUUUAUCCAGGCUUUGGUUGGGAUCACUUACGAUUUCUUGAUAUGUCUCCAAUCUAUGAUGUGUCAAAUUUUAAUGAUUCAGACAAGUUUCAAUCAUGUAUUGAACUAAUUCCUUUACAUGAGAACAAGAUUGAAUUGGCAUCAACAGAGAUGGACAUGUAUAAUUUGCACAGCAGUGACUAUUCAUCAAAUCUGAUGAUAGGUGGUAGUGCUGGUUUCUUAGGUUUCAAGAUCAGUGGCUCUUAUUCCAAAGAAUAUCAGACAGCAAAAAAAGAGCAAAGCCAAGAAAAGACUAUCGUUCUCCGAAAUGAAAUUAACUAUCUGAUGGUAGAUGCAAUUAUUCAGUCGUCAUGUCCCGUACAUCCCCAAGUGAAGAAGGAUAUAGUUAAUAUUGCCAAACUUCAAUCGAACAACGAGAGUCUCUUGGCCACUUAUCAUGCACAGUUAUUUGUUAAAAAGUAUGGCACACAUUUCACCAGUCGGUUGUAUUUGGGCGGAUCAAUUGUUGAAGAAGAUUUCAUAUCUCAUUCAGAUUACUAUUCGAGUACUACGUCAAAGAAUGCUUACAAGGCAGCCGCAGAAGCUUCGUUCAGAGGUACAUUCAGCAUAUCAGCAAGCUUCAGUUCUAGCUCCAGUCAAAAUCAAGCUACGGUCAAUGAACAUAAAAACAGAAUUCAACGGAAAGUGGUAAGUUCUAAGGGUGGUGACGUAUUCAUAUUAGGCGGUCAUAUGGAAGCGUGGCAAGCCUCGAUAAAAACGAAUCCAGCUAUUGUUCGACGAAGUAUUGAGAACAUCACAUAUUUCAUCCAAACAGACCAGUUUCCCGAGAUGACCGAAGUUGCAUUAACGAACGUUCGAAAAGAAAUUGAACAGGCAGUUAAUUCUUAUGUGGAAAUGAAUACGAUUCGAGGAUGCAUGGAUCGAAAUUCACCGUCUUUUAACUGGGUUUCAAAUGUCGCGGAUAGUUCUUGUGCUCCAAUUUCUCAAUUGACACAAUUCGGUGGCUUCAUUCGCACCUGCUCAGAAGAUUCUCGCAUGUCGCCACACUGCUAUUAUCUGCGACAGAAUAAUUACUAUACUGGCAACGAUCAAUGCGUACACGGUUUCAAUAAGUAUUUGUUGCAUACUUCAUCUCAAUAUCAAUCACUAUAUCGUCAAAAUUGCUGGAAAUGUGGAUUUUUGUGGUUGAGGACAUGUUGUGAAGACGUUUACGUAGGCGAAGGACGACGUGAACUUUAUUUGUAUGUUUGCAAUCGUAAUGCUACUCAACGGUCUGGUUCUUACAGUAGUAUCGAUGUCCAAUCGACCUAUCUGUUCGGUGGUUCAUACACAUCGCAGAAAGUUAAUCCUGUAACUAAUGCUUUUACUUGUCCUGAUAGCCUAUUCGUAGCUUACGAUAUCAAUGGCAUCAGAGUAUGUCUUGCUGAAAGAACACCAACAAGCAGAAAAGAUCUUCCUCGUUAUGGUGGUAUGUAUUCAUGCCAAUAUGGCAAUAUGGCUACUCGAACGCAUGUAAGAGGCUGUUCAGAAGGUUAUAGCGCCUAUGCUAUCGGAUCUGUCGAUGGAAACUGUGCUCUAGAAGUGUGUUUAAAGUUUGAGACUACCAGUGAUCAACGGGAAUUACCAUCUGUUGCUUUACCACCAUUCUUUUCAAUUGAUACCAUCUAUUCACAAGUUGGCGCAAAUGAAACAUCAACAGACGAUAUAUCAACAAACGAAACAACAGCCUAUGAUACAAUAACUACUCAAAUGAUCUAG